CUCGUAGACCAGGAGGAAACCCGCGAACCAGCCACUGUGACAUGGACACGAGGUUUGAUGGUAUCGAGCAGAGCAGUUCUCAUUGACACCCAUUUCACCCCUCCAUCAAUAGCAACUCUCGUCUCUCCCCUCGUCUCUUUCACCCAUCCGAUCCCCAAUUCGAACCCCACUGAUCCAAAUCUCUCCUCCCUCCGUCCCCGAUCCCCUGCAGCACGAGCGCGGCCGGCAUGGAGGAGACGCCGCCGCGGCCGGCACACGCGUCUCCUCCGUUCCCCCCGCCGCCGCGCGUCUUCUCUCCCAUGCCCGCGCGGGGCACCCCCAGCCCCGGCGCGACGGGCCCUGGCUCGGGCCCCGGGCACGCGCCGGCGCACCUCAGCACGCCGCCGGGCCCGCCUGUCUUCUCCUCGCCGCUGCGCCCCGCGGCAGUGCCCUUCCGCGCCACCCCGGCGUCGCCCCACCCCGUGCCCUUCGCCGCGGGCUACUUCUCCUCCUCCUCCUCCAACGCCACCGCCACCACCACCGUCUCCCUCCCCACCUCCUCCACGCCGCACUUCCUCAACGGCGCCGCUAUGCCGCACGGGGACCUCGCACCCGCGCCAUCAGCACUCCAGGGCGACGGCCUCGACAACCCCUACGUCCAAUUCUCCGCACACAAGGUGCUGAGGCAGAAGAAGCUGCUCAAUGCCCUUAGCUUGGGGUUCGGAGCUCUGGUUUCUCCGGGGAGGGAGGUGUCGCCUGGGCCGGACGUCGUGGAGCGCGAUCCACGACAUUGCCUGAACUGCGGGGCCUAUGUGAACUUGUAUUGUGAUAUAUUGAUCGGCUCUGGGCAGUGGCAGUGUGUGAUCUGCAAGAAGCUCAACGGCAGUGAGGGGGAAUUCUUGGUGUCCAGCAAGCAGGACCUGCUCCAGUGGCCAGAGCUCACGUCCACGACUGUGGAUUAUGUGCAGGUGGGGAACAGGCGGCCAGGCUUUGUCCCCGUGUCUGACUCAAGGGUGUCCGGCCCCAUUUUUAUCAUCAUAGAUGAGUGCCUCGACGAGGCACACCUGCAGCAUCUGCAGGGCUCCUUGCAUGCUUUUGUGGAUUCGCUCCCUCCUACAGCAAAGAUAGGAAUCAUCACCUACGGGCGAACCGUCUCGGUGUAUGAUUUCUCGGAGGGGGCAGCAGUGUCAGCGGAUGUGCUACCUGGAAAUAAGUCGCCUACCCAUGAGUCUUUGAAGGCGCUAAUCUAUGGGGCAGGUGUUUACCUGUCUCCUGUACAUGCUUCUCUGCCUGUUGCGCACAUAAUAUUCUCAUCUUUGAGACCCUAUCAGCUGAGUGUGCCAGAAGUGUCAAGGGAUCGGUGCCUUGGCGCAGCAGUAGAGGUUGCCCUUGGUAUUAUUCAAGGGCCCUCGGUGGAGUUGUCUCGUGGAAUCAUCAAGAGAUCUGGAGGCAACUGCAGAAUCUUGGUGUGUGCUGGUGGCCCUAUCACGUUUGGACCAGGAUCAGUGCCUUAUUCUGUUCAACACCCGAACUAUGCUUACCUGGAGAAGACAGCUAUGAAGUGGAUGGAGAGUCUUGGUCAUGAAGCACAGAGACACAGUACUGUCGUUGAUAUUCUUUGUGCCGGAACAUGCCCUGUGAGGGUUCCUGUUCUACAGCCAUUGGCAAAGUGUUCUGGAGGUGUGCUUUUGCUUCAUGAUGACUUUGGAGAGGCCUUUGGGGUCAAUUUGCAAAGGGCAUCGACUAGAGCAGCCUGUUCCCAUGGCUUAUUUGAGAUCAGAUGUUCAGAUAACAUGCUUGUCACUCAAGUUAUUGGCCCUGGUGAAGAGGCAUCUCCUGAUUCUCAUGAAACAUUCAAGCAUGAUACUUCAUUUUGUAUCCAGAUGCAUAGUGUUGAGGAGACCCAGAGUUUUUCUGUGUCUAUGGAGACAAAGGGUGAUAUCAAGAAUGAUUUUGUUUACUUCCAGUUUGCAGUCCGUUAUUCCAAUAUGUAUCAAGCAGAAAUCACUCGGGUGAUCACUAUGAGGCUGCAGACUGUUGAUGGUUUGUCUGCGUAUCUGGCAAGUGUGCAGGAGGAUGUUGCUUCAAUUAUCAUUGGUAAAAGAACCAUCUUGCAUGCCAGAACUGCCUCUGAUGCCAUUGACAUGAGGCUCUCAAUUGAUGAAAGAGUAAAGGACAUAGCUCUCAAGUUUGGUUCUCAGGCCCUAAAAUCGAAACUUUACCGUUUCCCAAAAGAGCUAGCAUCACUUCCUGAGUGCUUGUUUCAUCUAAAAAGGGGACCACUUUUAGGUAGCAUAAUCGGACAUGAAGAUGAAAAAUCUGUACUUCGGAAUUUGUUCUUGAAUGCAUCAUUUGAUCUUUCACUCCGUAUGCUGGCACCUCGUUGCAUAAUGCAUCGUGAAGGUGGUACAUUUGAGGAGUUGCCAGCAUAUGAUCUUGCCAUUCAAUCUAAUGCUGCAGUUGUACUGGACCAUGGAACCGAUAUUUUCAUUUGGUUGGGUGCUGAGCUAGCAGCCCAAGAAGGACAAAGUGCAGCAGCUUUAGCAGCAUGCCGUACACUGGCAGAAGAGCUCAGCGAGCAACGUUUUCCAGCACCAAGGAUACUUUCAUUCAAACAAGGAAGCUCUCAAGCUAGGUAUUUUGUCUCACGCCUGAUCCCAGCUCACAAGGACCCUACUUAUGAGCAGGAGUCAAGAUUUCCGCAGUUGCGAACACUUACUCCUGAGCAAAGGGCAAGGCUAACGAGCAGCUUCAUCCACUUUGACGACCAUAGUUUCUGCGAGUGGAUGCGCAGCCUCAAAUUGGUCCCGCCAGAACCUAGCUAACACAAAUAAUUGGAGCAGUGCACAUGGAAACGGCGGAUGGCAAUGGAGUUGCCAAACGAUAGCUGAGAUCUUUGUGGGCCAAAUUGUGGCGUUGCAGGACAGGCCAAAUUGUGGUGAAGCGCCAUUUAGGGUGCAGUGGAAGUUGUAUGAUUUUGCCUGAUUCUUUUUUUUUUUUUAUACCCGGAUGUGGUAGCACAAAGUGCAUAAACGGUCUUUUGUCAUACAGGAGAGAAGUUUACACAAUAAGAGCGACGCAGAUGCUCUCCUGCAGUUGAAGAGUUCAUUAGAUGUUACAUGACAUACACAACUUUUUGACGGAUGAUCUGACCAUUAUUCUUUGAAAUCCAUUCAUUUGUCAGGGGGAGCCGCAGCCCUUGUCAUUUUGAGAAGAUUAAAGAGUGUACAGUAUAACUGUGCCAUUAGUGUUUUAUAUAUGUUAGAUCACUUUCGUUCU